CACACACACACACACACACACACACACAGUGAUAGAGUGUGGGUGAAAACGAUGUACUGAGUGCGUGUGUGUGAGUGUGGGAGAGCGAGAGAGUGUUUCUAUCAGUGAGGUGAGGCGAGGCGAAGCGAAGGGAGGUAAUUGAGUGUUUAGAGAAGCGAGUGUAGGCACGCAGCAGUGAAGUGUGUCUGGGGAAGCGAGUGCAGCGGCAGUGUAGUGUGAGGAGUGUAGUGCAGUGGUGUAGUGGUGUAAAUGAACGAGUGAGACUAUCCAGCAAGGCUAUUCUGGAAGCUACAUCAUCCUCACACCACCACCACAACCACCACCACCACUGUCAAGGACUCAUAACUGUACCGUCAGACCAAGAGAGAAACCUGAACUCUCUCACUCUUCCCUUGCAGCACAACCUUGCCGGCACAACAACAGAACACAGAAGGCAAGAAGAGGACAAGGAGUAGCCGUCACCUUCAUGAGUGCCACUGAAGAUCUACUCCUGAAGCAAACAUAAGAACACAUUUAACUACGGGAAGCUGCAGGAAGUCAUAAGGCCUAUACACACGGCAGGCACUGUAUGAAGCCUCCCUACAUGAUUUUCCAUCUGUCAUUCCCAUCGAUACGUUUGUCUAAUUAUCUAGCUCCCUAAUGAGUCAGCACUACCAACCUCAUUACUGGGUUCAUUCUAUUCAUCUACCACUCUAUUUGACAACCAGUUCAUUCCCAUCUCGAACCUUUACCACAGUCCUUCAAGGUUCUAAAGCUUCUUAUAAGCUUUGUCACAUACCCAAAGCUUCCUGUCAUAAUAAAACUUCUAGAAGCCUUCAAACAAUAAAAAAAAAUGUACUGAUUCUAAAGAACAUCCUAAAAAACAGUCAUGGAGAGCAUUAAACGUUCUUAAAUCAAUAAAAGCUAAAAACCCUUAAAACAGGAAUAAAAACAACAAAACUUUCGAUAAUUUCCUUAAACAAAUGAAAGGAAACUCAAAACAAUCUUACGAACUUCUACGAAUCUUUAAACAACCCUAAAAAGCCCAAAACCCAAACAAACCCUAGAAACGGCCUUAAACCACAAACAAGAGGACUAAAUAAAAAAAAAAUAAAUAAGGCAUAAAUGGGCAAGUCACCCUCACGACCUCCCUGAAAGCCACCAGAGCCGCCCAUCAUCAGCAACCAUCGCACCUACACGCUGGAAGGAGUGGCGGAAUGGUGUCGCCGUGGCGGGUGGCGACUGUGGCGGCGGUGGUGGUGCUGAUGGCGGUCACGGCGGCGGCGGCGGUGGAGGAGAGUGGUGUUGUUGAGGCGCCCAGCUUUCUGAGCGGCAUGAUGAGCGGCCUCAGCACGCUGCCAGUCAUCGGUAACGUGCUGCGCGCCUCCGUGCACCCUCUCUACCAGCCACUUGUCAGCCCACUCCAACCUGCGCCCAUCACCCCAGGAGAGGACGCCGCAGGUGAGGACGGGGAGCGAUGCUUCGGGGAGCUCGGUUGCCUGUCACUCCCAGACACCUUCUUUCACCCAGUGCACCGCCCAAUCAACCUGCCGCCUUACCGCCGCGAGCAGGUAGGCGUGACGUUCACGGUACACACUCGUGAGGACCCGCGGGGUACGCCCGUACCGGCGCUGCAGGUGGAGGCAGUGCUCAACACGUCAUUCACGCCACAGCGGCCCACCAAGUUCAUCAUUCACGGCUUCCUGGACCACACGGGUGUUACGUGGAUGCUGGACAUGGUGCGCGCCCUACUGACCGCGUUGGACCUCAACGUGGUCACCGUGGACUGGUCAGGCGGGUCACAAGCGCUCUACUCGCAGGCCACCACCAACACGCGCCUGGUGGGCCUUGAGGUGGCUCACUUCAUUCACUUCCUUAAAAACAAGUUCGGUCUUGACCCUAGAGACGUGCACAUCAUUGGUCACUCCCUGGGGUCACAUACAGCAGGUUACGCCGGGGAGCGCGUGGCGGGCCUGGGCAGGAUCACCGGCCUGGACCCCGCCGAACCCUUCUUCCAGUUUAUGCCGCCCAGUGUGCGCCUCGAUCCCUCGGACGCCCUCUUCGUGGAUGUAAUCCACUCCGACGCCGACUCCAUCUUCAACCUAGGAGCAGGGUUCGGGCUACGUCAGCCCGUCGGUCACCUUGAUUUCUACCCCAACGACGGGCGGGGCCAGCCGGGCUGUGACUCCUUGGCGCGCGUGCCGCUUACAGCGCUCACGGAUGGCGUCAAUCUGCUCGAGGGCCUGGACGCCGCCCAGAAGGAGUUCAUCGCUUGUCACCACAACAGGGCAGCCAAACUCUUCACCGACUCCAUCCUAUCUCCGUGUCCCUACACCGCCUUCCAAUGCACCUCCUACACCCACUACCUCAAGGGAGAGUGUGUGAACUGCGGGCAGGACGGCAAGCGGUGCGCUAGGCUGGGGCUGUACGCGGAUCGCUGGUUGGGUGACAAUCUGACGCAAGUGGAGAUGUACCUCUCCACGGGACCCGGGCCGCACUACUGCCUGUACCACUACUUGCUGACGGUGGAGGUGGCGGAUCCUGAGGGCAUAGGAGGAAGCGCACACGGCAGGCUGCGGGUGUCCCUUAUCACGGAGGACGGCGAGAUCAAGGACUUUGACCUGUCCAAGGAACGGCCGCUGGCGCUGAAGAGGGGCCAAUCAUACUCCUUCUUCCUGGAGCACCCGCGGGACCUGAGCUUUGCCACGGAGGCGCUGGUGCACUGGACUUACGAGGCGGAUAUCUUCAACCCACUUAGUUACUGCGUCAUCUUCUGCGACACGAGUCUGGCCAUCACACGCCUCACCCUUGCCAGCGUGGACGUGCGAGCUAGGGACAAAGAGAGACGAGAGAAGGCGAGUGAGGCGAUGACCAAGACCAAUCAAGAUCAAGACCAAGACCAAGUGGUAGUGAUGUGCCACAAGCAAGGCCGCGCGGUGGUCAGGGUGCAGAGUGAGGCGAUGGUGAAGGUGGUGGCCUCCCCGAACUGCCCCAACGCCUCCACCACCUCCUCCCACACCCUCCCCGCCGAAGCCGCUGUCUCUGUCACUCGCAACCUAACCAUGGAACUUGUAAACGCUGGCCUUGAGUCUCUGUCCUCUGUCAUCUCCGCCAUUACGUGAAAGAAGAAAGGAGGGAAGGAAGGAUAAUUUUGUCCUUUUUUUUUCAUGGUUGUCUUUUCUUUUCUUUUCUUUUCUUUUCUUUCUUUUAGGUUGUUCGUGAGGGAUGUUCGUUUUGUGUGUGUU